UGCUAGUUUACACACACGCACACUAAAAGGAAAAUGACAAUAUAUUAACUUAAACCAUAAGAAAUCUAAUACACGUCUAAUUUCCAACAUUAAAGAACCUUCAUACUAAUCUUCUUCUUCCCUAACUAUCAUUAUAAAUAUCAAUUAAAUCAAAUUCAAAUUAUUAUAUAACAAAGUUUAAUUCGAUCCCAAUUCCAAUUAUUGUUUAUCCUCACAUAGAUAUUUAUAUCAAACAAACAAAACUCUGAUCUAUCAUCAUCAUGGCUUAUCCUUAUCAACCUUCUGCCUCUGCUCCGAUGCCGGCACUCCCAACCACCAUAAUCGGACCUCAAUACUGUGCUCCGUAUCAGUUGGAUCUGACGAUUGUCAAAAAGGUUAUGACUGUUACAGAUGGGAAUUUCGCCGUCACUGAUGUUAACGGCAAUAUCGUCUUCAAAGUUAAGGGUUCUUUGUUAACGCUUCGUGAUCGCCGUGUCUUGGUUGAUGCCGUCGGUAACCCCAUCACCACCCUACGUCGUAAGAUAGCGACUCUGCAUGAUCGGUGGGAAGCUUUUCGGGGUGAAAGCACAGAUUCUAAAGAUCUGAUAUUUACAUUAAAAAGAUCGUCCCUAAUCCAGUUUAAGGACAAAUUAGAUGUGUUUCUAGCUGGUAACAAAAAACAAGAUGUUUGUGACUUUAAAGUCAAAGGUAGUUGGUUAGAACGAUCUUGCAUUGUUUAUGCUGGUGAAUCUAACCACAUUGUUGCCAAGAUGCACAAAAAGCACACUAUUAAGAGUCUUUUAAUUGGUAAAGACCAUUUCGCGGUCACGGUUUAUCCCAAUGUUGAUUACGCUUUCAUAGUGUCGUUAAUCGUGAUACUUGACGAGAUUAACGAUGAUGAGAAGGAUGAUUAGAGGAUUAGUGUUUUAUAUUCGUCAAAUUCUAUUUGUACUUAUAACCAAAAUGAGUAAUACAAUACCAUAUAUUGAGUUAAGGGAUUUGCAGAUUAUUAUAGAUUGAAGUCACAGUUAUUUUGUUUUUGUUCUGGACCUUAUUAAUUACCUGAAUAGCAAAUUUCAUAUUCUAAAUUAAGCUCCUUCUAUAAUGUACAA